AGAUGAUGAGUCGAGCAUAGAGUGGCCAGAAGUCAGAUUUUUUUGUUGCUGUUGCUUUUGCUAUGGGCUUCUUGCCGAGGCAUUCCGGUCUGUGAGAGGAUUGGGAAGGGUACCUAGGAGAGAGAUUAUGAGUGUGAAAACUCAAACCCAGGGAGCUACCUUCAUAUAUCCGAUUGCAUGGGGCUUUUCCACCGCGGGAGAUGAACAGGGCAUGGGCCCUUCAAAACCUCUGCAAAAUGGGGGCUGCAUGCACUAACCUGGCUGCUUCUCAAGUCCAGGCAGUCCUUGCAUUAGAGCCAGGGAAACAGCUCUGCUUUGAAAAAAACUAGACAUCUCUCCCCAAGUACCCGGCAGAGAACCAGAAGUUAUUUUCUACAGAACUGUGGGAUGUGCACUUGGGAGUCCCACAAAGCAGACAGAAGAUGCUCCAAACCAGCAACUACAGCCUGGUGCUCUCGCUGCAGUUCCUGCUGCUGUCCUAUGACCUGUUUGUCAACUCCUUCUCCGAGCUCCUCCGAAUGGCUCCUGUCAUCCAGCUGGUGCUUUUCAUCAUCCAGGAUAUUGCAAUUCUCUUCAACAUCAUCAUAAUUUUCCUCAUGUUCUUCAACACCUUCGUCUUCCAGGCUGGCCUGGUCAACCUCCUGUUCCAUAAGUUCAAAGGGACCAUCAUUCUGACCUCUGUGUACCUCGCUCUCAGCAUCUCCCUUCAUGUCUGGGUCAUGAACUUGCGAUGGAAAAAUUCCAACAGCUUCAUUUGGACAGAUGGACUUCAAACACUAUUUGUGUUCCAGAGACUAGGUGAGAAGUGGAGCAGCCUCGGGGCCUGCUGUGUCUCUGGAGCACAGCCUCCAUCCUGGCUUCCCAGGGAUGUUUGGGACAGGCACAGACAAAGGCAAGAGGAAGGGCUGCCCCUGCUCUUCCUGGGACCCAGGGAAAAGCGCUGGGGUGGUGCUAGGGCUGCCUGGGCUCCCCCUGCAGGGGACUCUGGGGACGCCCCUGAGGCUGCCCUCUGCUUUUGUCCUCAGCUGCGGUGCUGUACUGCUACUUCUACAAGCGGACAGCUGUGAGGCUGGGCGACCCCCGCUUCUACCAGGACUCACUGUGGCUGCGAAAGGAGUUCAUGCAAGUCCGAAGGUGACCACUUCAUGUCCUGUGGAUGAAUACCUUUUCUUCCUCGUAGAAGCCGCCUGGGCUGCUCUCCAGGGAAGGACAUGGACAUCCUAAGACAUGCUCAGCCUUCAAGAAGGAGGACUCUCCAGGCAUGGUCGGAAACUGAGGCAGGAGAACUGUUGUGGGUUCGGCUACCCUGGGCCUACCCAGUGAGUUUUAGGAUAGCCUGCAGGAGGAGAUUCUAUCUCAAAAAGAAGACCUUCCCUAUUCCAAAUUAAAGUUGUUUCCCUGAGACCAUAGAACAAAGGGCAAUCUUGCCUCCUACCUCUGUCCAUCCAGUCUCUUCUCCUCCUGCUCUCCUGAUACUGUACUUGAGUACAGACAAUGACAGCGUGUCCUCCUUUAGAUUUUAUACCCAGGUACUUUUUUAUAGUUCUAAAAGGAAAUAAAUUGAAUUCUUUUUUCAUGAA